UCACAGCAGGUCGAACAAAGAAUUACACAUUUCGGACCUCUCGACGUGUGCAAACCGUUAUGGAUAGUGGGCAGAGUUGGUGGCAUUUAUGUCGUUUCGUGCCAUGGAGAUGAUAUGCUGAAAGAGGUUUAUAGUGCCGAUCAUAUUUUACUUUCGUUGUGCUUUUUGCCCUCAGCGAUAACUUUUUGACAAAUAUACCGUCUACUACAAUAUGUCAAUCAAGAUAAAGACAGCCCACGCUCUUCUAUCCGAGUGAAGGCUUCAAAAGAGACAGAACACACUGAAAAGAAAAGAACUCUCAGAGGUUAAAGGGUUAAACCCUUAAAAAAUUGGCCCAAUUCACUUCCAUGAGAUGUUUAGUCUUACUGAAGUCGCCUCCCUUAAUGACAUCCAGCCAACCUACCGCAUUCUGAAACCAUGGUGGGACGUAUUCAUGGAUUAUAUUGGUAUAAUAAUGUUGAUGUUAGCCAUCUUUUCUGGGACUAUGCAGUUAAGCAAAGACCAAGUGGCAUGCCUUCCCAUUCUCGAGAAAAGUGUACAAUCAAGGAGCGCAAGUUCAGACACAACACAAAAUCCACUUGUAAGUUACACAUCGGUUAUGAUCACAUUACCCUCAACAACUAAAGAUCUUCCUAACAGUGUUACACAUGAAAUUCACAACACUCAAUCUUCUCUCUUUAAGGAGGAACAUACUAAACCUGAGCCCAAAGGAAUUAAAACAAACCUCGAUUUUCAGCAGUAUGUUUUUGUCAACCAAAUGUGCUACCAUGAAGCAUUACCAUGGUAUAACAAAUACUUCCCUUACCUUGCACUUAUACACACCAUUGUGCUGAUGGUAAGCAGCAAUUUUUGGUUCAAGUACCCAAAGACCAGCUCAAAGAUUGAACACUUUGUUUCCAUUUUGGGUCGUUGCUUUGAAUCACCAUGGACAACAAAAGCAUUGUCUGAAACAGCUUGUGAAGAUUCAGAGGAAAACAAGCAGAGGUUCACCGGCGGUGCAGUUUUUCAGAAGCAUGUAUCAUCAGAGGACAGCAACAGUCAGUCUACUCCUUUAAUUGAAACUCCUACGGUGCAGUUUCCUACUGAAAAGCUCAUCGCAGAAGCCCCCAGCUUGACAAUCUUGGACAAAAAAGACGGAGAACAGGCCAAGGCUCUUUUUGAGAAAGUGCGAAAAUUUCGAACUCAUGUAGAAGAUAGUGACUUCAUCUACAAACUCUACGUGGCUCAGACAGUGAUAAAAGCUGUGAAGAUAAUUUUGAUCUUGAGCUAUACAUCAGCUUUUGCCUCCAAGAUCAAGUUCAGUCAUACAUGUGAACCUGAAAUCCUAAUACCUAAAAUCGAAGAAUUGACUGGGUACAAUAAAUUCAUUUGCACACACAAUAUGGCCUUCAUGUUGACGAAACUCCUCUUCAGUUUCAUGGCUAUGAUAUGUCUCUAUGGACUGGUGUGUUUGUAUACGCUCUACUGGCUCUUCAGGAGACCUCUUAAAGAGUACUCUUUUGAGAAAGUCAGAGAGGAAAGUAGCUUUAGUGAUAUUCCAGAUGUAAAGAAUGAUUUUGCAUUUCUUCUGCAUAUGGUAGAUCAAUAUGACCAGCUGUACUCCAAACGAUUUGGUGUAUUUCUCUCUGAGGUUAGUGAGAACAAACUACGAGAAAUUAGCCUAAACCACGAGUGGACAUUUGAAAAAUUGCGUCAGCAUGUGACAUGCAAUGCUCAAGACAAGCAAGAGCUUCACCUCUUCAUGCUUUCAGGACUCCCUAAUGCCGUAUUUGAUCUCACUGAUUUGGAAAUCCUAAAGUUAGAGCUGAUACCUGAGGUGAGGAUUUCAGCCAAAGUUUCUCAAAUGACAAAUCUACAGGAAAUGCAUCUGUAUCACUGCCCUGCUAAAGUUGAACAAACAGCUUUUACUUUUCUCCGUGACUAUCUGCGAUGCCUUCAUGUAAAGUUUACUGAUGUUGGAGAGAUUCCACCAUGGACUUACAUGUUGAGGAGCCUCAGGGAACUGAACUUGGUUGGAAACUUAAACUCUGAACACAACAAGAUGAUUGGUUUGGAAUCACUAAGAGAACUAAGACACUUAAAAACUUUAUACCUCAAAAGCAAUCUCAACAAAAUACCAACAAAUCUCACAGAACUGUCACCACAUCUCAUCAAACUGGUGAUACAUAAUGAUGGAACCAAGUUAUUGGUACUAAAUAGUCUAAAGAAGAUGACAAGUCUGGUUGAUUUGGAGCUCCACAACUGUGAGUUGGAGAGGAUUCCCCAUGCCAUUUUCAGCUUGACUAACUUGCAAGAACUGGAUUUAAAAACAAAUCAAAUCCGGACCAUUGAGGAGGUCAUUAGCUUUCAGCACCUAAAGAGAUUGACCUGCCUCAAAUUGUGGCACAACAAGAUCAUUGCUAUUCCACCAUCUAUAGGCCUAGUGAAGAGUCUAGAGUCAUUGAUUAUCUGUCACAAUAAACUGGAGACCCUUCCUCCGGCUCUCUUUUAUCUUCCCAAACUGAGGCACCUGGACCUCAGCCAAAAUUCCAUCUCUAGUAUACCAGUAGAGGUAGGACACCUGCAGAACCUUCAACAUUUUGCUAUCACAGGCAACAAGGUAGAAUUACUUCCUAAUCAACUGUUUAAAUGUACCAAACUAAAAGUGUUAUGUGUGGGUCAUAACAGCAUCACCUCCAUCCCAGAAACAAUUGGGCAGUUAAUACAACUGUCACAGCUUGAACUGAAAGGAAACUGUUUAGACUGCCUUCCAUUACAACUUGGCCUGUGUCACCUUCUUCGCAAAAACCUCCUCUUCGUGGAGGAUCAUCUAUUUGACACACUGCCUCUUGAGGUAAAAGAAAGUAUCAGUAGAGACUAACAU